GCUGCUGCUGGUGGCGGCGGCCUGGGCACUUGCACGGGUUGGCUGCAAAGCGGCUUCGCGGCUCCGCGGUAUUUUUAGGCAGUGGCGGGGGCGGGGCGGCAUUGAGCCCGGCUCCCGGCGGCCCAGACACCCGCGCUCUCCCCCCGGAGCGGAGCGGAGCGGAGUGGCGGCGGCGGCCCUGGCUCCGCGCGCCGAGAGCCCCGCGGGGGUCGGCCAUGGCCAGUCCCAGCGCGGGGCAGCAGGACGGGCCGCCCCUGCAGGACGCCGUGCAGCCCGAGCCCGCCCUGGCCGAGGCUCGGCGCUGGAUCGAGCAAGCAACAGGCAGAGGUUUUGGUGACAAAGAUUUUCGGUCUGGAUUAGAAAAUGGUAUUCUGCUGUGUGAGUUGCUGAAUGCAAUAAAGCCUGGACUGGUAAAAAAGAUCAAUAGACUGUCAACCCCUAUUGCAGGCUUGGACAAUAUCAUCUUAUUCUUAAGAGGCUGCAAGGAGCUGGGUCUUAAAGAAUCUCAACUUUUUGAUCCAGGAGAUCUUCAAGACGCAUCAAAUAGAGUAACAGUCAAGAAUAUUGACUAUAGCAGGAAGCUGAAAAAUGUAUUAGUCACCAUUUAUUGGCUGGGGAAAGCAGCAAACAGUUGCACUUCGUAUAAUGGAGCAACACUGAACCUGAGGGAAUUUGAAGGAUUGCUGGCACAGAUGAGAAAGGAAACGGAGGAUAUCGAGAGCCCGAAACGCAGCAUUCGUGACAGCGGUUACAUAGACUGCUGGGAUUCCGAACGCAGUGAUUCCCUCUCCCCGCCUCGCCACGGCAGAGAUGAUUCUUUUGACAGUCUGGAUUCUUUUGGCUCCCGCUCACAGCAGACACCAUCUCCAGAUGUAGUACUCAGAGGAAGCAGUGAUGGGAGAGGAAGCGACUCUGAAUCUGAUUUGCCACACCGGAAGAUGCCAGAUGUGAAAAAAGAUGAUAUGUCUGCAAGACGGACAUCGUAUGGUGAACCUAAAUCAGCUGUGCCUUUUAACCAGUACCUCCCGAAUAAGAGUAACCAGACUGCCUAUAUACCAGCUCCUCUUCGGAAAAAGAAAGCUGAACGAGAAGAAUACCGGAAAAGUUGGAGUACUGCUACUUCACCCCUAGGAGGAGAGAGGCCUUUCAGCAAAACCCACCCUGAAAUGAUAGAAGAACAACAAAAUGAGGCAUCAAGACCACUUGAAGAGGAGCAAGUGCAUGGCUGCAUGACUGCCAGGACAAACCCCAAUAAAACUCAAGUAGAUUUGACUCGAAACAAAGACCACCUUAUAGGUCAGUUUCCUUCAGGUAGUGCCAAAGAAACAUGCAAAUUCAAGGGGAAAGAUUCAGAGGAGAUCAGAAAGCUAAGGCGGCUUGAACAAGUUGGCAUUAAAGUCAUGUCAGCAGCUCAGCGCUAUGGCAGUCAAAAACCAACAUGCGAAGAUAGUGAAACUACCCCAGACAUCAUCCUUCGCAAAGAAAACCCCUUCAUGAUGCAAGGGAAGGAUUCUGGAUCAGAAGAUGAAAUGAUGUGCAGACUUCCUGACCUAGAAAAAGAUGACUUUGCUGCUCGGAGAGCAAGAAUGAAUCAGCCCAAGCUUACAGUGCCCUUUAAUCAGUUUUUAUAUGGACCAUAUACCAAUAAUGAUAAAGGUAAACUGGAAGAUGCUAAAAAGUCAUCUCAGAAGAAAAAACAGGAAUAUGCAAGAGGAAACCAGAUACAUAUGACACCAGCGAGCCAAAUUGUGACACGUAAACAGAACCUAUUCCUGCAAUGUAAGGACAAUGAGUCAGAGGAAGAAGAGCAGGUGAAAAUGCCUGAUAUUCAGAGAGAUGACCUGACUAAACGGAAAACUCAGAGUAACCUUUCUCAGCAGCAAGAGUCUCCAAUGUUUAUGAAAGCCUCUAUAACACAAGCUGAUUUGGAAACAUGGGACAGACUGAAAAUGUCAGGAGAGACCAGUAAAGAAGACCUUGUAUGUCCCCCUGAUCCUGAAUCAUCAGCUAAAAUUGCAGCAGAAACAGCUGUUCAUGAUGAUUUUGCUACCUGCAAAGCCAGAGCUUACAAAAAGGCUUCUAGCCCUAAGCAGAGGUUUGUGCACUUUGGGCCAGUGACUGAGAUUGAUCAACAGAAAUGGGAGAAGCUCAGCUUUGCUAGAGCUGCAGCCAGUGAUGAAACAGAAGAGGAAACUGGGAGGGAAAGUGCUAAAACUGAGAUUUGCACUGAAUCAUCUCCAUCAGCUACAGUCUGCAACCAGAAGUCCAUUGGACACACUGCUGAAGUAUCUAGGCCACAAAAUGAUCCCAGAUUCGGCCCUAGAACUGCUGUGUCUGAUGACGCAGAGAGUAUGAGUAUGUUUGACAUGAGGUGUGAAGAUGAAGCAGUCAUGCAGCCUCACAGCAAGGCUCGCCAUGAAAAACUGCAGAAUGUCCACAACCAACUGAAAGAGGAUGAGACCAGAUGGCAAGAUGACCUGGCACGGUGGAAAAGUCGCAGAAGAAGUGCUUCACAGGACCUAAUAAAAAAAGAAGCAGAAAGAAAAAAGAUGGAGAAAUUACUGAGUGGUGAUGGAGCAAGUGAACGAAGGAAAAGUAUCAAGACCUACAGAGAAAUUGUGGAGGAAAAGGAGAGAAGAGAAAAAGAGCUACAUGAAGCAUACAAGAAUGCAAGGUCACACGAGGAGGCUGAAAAUAUCCUACAGCAGUACAUUGAGAGAUUCACCAUUAGUGAAGCUGUCCUUGAGCAUUUGCAGAUGCCAAAAAUUCUGGAAAGAAGCCAUUCAGUGGAGCCAAAUUCAUCAUCCCCACCUAAAGACCCAAAUCCUCUGAAAUACUUACGACAACAAUCGCUGCCUGCUCCAAAAUACACUGCCACCAUCGAAGCAACCAUUGUUCCCACCAGUGAAUUGGAAGCCAGCAUUUCAACAGGCCACAUGUCUCCCAGCAAAACUGUUGUUUCCAAGGCUGUGCCUAUGCUGACACCCAAGCCUUAUUCACAACCCAAAAACACACAGCAGGUUUUAAAAAACUUUAAGGUAGAUGGAAAAGUCAGCAUGAAUGGGGAAACGUACAAUGGAGUGGAAGAAGAGAAGGAAAAAGAAUAUACGACAGUAAUGUUUGCCCCUUCGCCAAGUAAAUCUCUCAAGUGUGAAGGUGUGGCCAGAGAGGACGGGCACCCUGUAGAGUUGAAGCAGGACAUCACUAGCAUUGAGCUCAGUUUACAGAGGCCUAUCCCUCACAGGGCGCACAAAGAAACAACAGUAAGAGCAAAAGCCUCCUUAAUAGAAGAAACUGAACCAGCCAACCAAAAAUGUGAAACUGAUUCUGGAAGGCCAGAAAUCAUGAAUCUAGAGAAUACUUCACCAGGUUCAGACCAUAAUCAAUUCAAGGCAACUGUUACUUGUGCCAGCCCUGCUCUUAUCAAUGUGGAGUUUCCUCCUCCUACCCAGUCUGAAGAUGCUGCUUCGAAAGAUAAAGACCUGAAGAAACCCAAGAGAGAACAACAGAAAGAAGCAGAAGACCUGGUCACACAGGAGAUGGGGAAGCCAAAGACUCUAAUACAAGAAGGAAGUAUCGUAUUUCCAUUUUUGAAGAAAUUGCCUGAGACUAGCCAAGCUACUUUGCAGAAUUCUGAGCAACAAGAUUAUUUUGGUAAUGGAGACAAAUCAAAUCAUUUCAAUUUCUGGUCCUGGGAUCCAGAAGAGGAGCGAAAACGACAGGAAAGAUGGCAGCAUGAACAGGAACGUUUACUUCAGGAGCGGUACCAGAAGGAGCAAGACAAGCUGAAAGAAGAAUGGGAAAAAGCUCAGAAAGAGGUUGAAGAGGAGGAGCGUAGAUACUAUGAGGAGGAGCGCAAAAUAAUUGAAGACACUGUAGUUCCAUUCGCCAUUUCUUCAAGCUGUACAGAGCCCCUCUCUACUUCUUCCUCCAUCACCGAAGGAAGUGGAAUAAUGAAUGUGACAGAAUUGAGUAAUUGUCAAGAAGAAGACAAACAGAAAGAAGUUACAAGACAGGAGAAGACACUUUGGGAGCAGGAUGAUGCAUCUUCACUAAAAAACAAGGAGAAUGACUUCUGGCAGGAAAAGAAGAGCAGCAUAAAUAAAGUGCUCGCAGGACAUCCAGAGACCAUUCUUCAGGGAGAAAGUGAGCAGGAUCACCAGGUUUCCAUGAUGGAAUGCAGCUCAUCCUCCAGACUGAAUCUACCAUUAACUCAUGAUGCAUCGUGGAAUCAGCAGCUGUUAACAAAACAGCCACCACACAUUUCAGAAGAAGUUAAACAGAAAACACCUCUGGAUCAAUGUAUAGGCCAGCAGACUAAUUCCAAAGGUGAUAUGAGAAGGACAGGCUGUUUUGAGAAUUUCAGAACUGGGCAGUUAUCACCAUGCUCUCCUACAGCUCAAAGCCAGUCACCCAAUAGGUCUGUCAGUGGAAAGAAAUUGUGUUCUUCCUGUGGGCUUCCUCUCGGAAAAGGAGCUGCCAUGAUUAUUGAAACUCUUGGUCUUUAUUUCCACAUUCAGUGCUUCAGGUGUGGCAUUUGUAAGGGACAGCUGGGAGAUGCAGUAAGUGGAACAGAUGUCAGGAUUAGAAAUGGUCUUCUCAACUGCAACGAUUGUUACAUCAGAUCCAGAACUGCUGGGCAGCCAACAACAUUGUGACAUGAAUUUAAGUCCUAAAAACUUCCUUCGAGAAGAAACUUUCCCAACGUGUCCCUGGGGCUGCCUCCAGACAAUCACUUGUAAGAACUCAUAUCCAUGGACUUCACGGUUCUCAUCUUAUUUCAAAAAGCUCAUAGAAAAGGCUGUAUGCAUAACUUUAAAGCACGAUUAUUUCCCCCUUUAUUACUGAAUUUACAUAAUAUGUAUGAAGGAGAUACUUGGUCAUUCAGAGGCUAAAUACUAUUUUUUAAAAGUUUUCAUGUUUUCAGAUAUGUUAAUGAUUUAAAAUCUGUUAUUUUGCUCUUUUGGAAGUAAAAAGAAAGUGAAGAUGCAAUAAAUCUAUUUUGUUUUAAUAUUUCUAGGAAUUAAACAUGUAAGUUUACAGAACCUUUACAGAUGUUCUAGCAUAUGCCAACUUGAGGUGAGAAAUCAUUUUAAGAUAGCAUCUAAUUAGUACAUUUGAAAAACAACAUCACAGCAAGUGACUUUCUGUUACUAUUUUUUUUUUUACAAAGACACUAGUUUGAUAAUACAUACUGUAAUUCCGAAACAUUUUCUGUUAUAUUACUUUCAAUGGAAGAGUAGGAGUUAUAUAAAUAAAUUAUUGCACCUUUAGUCGUAGGGUUUUUUGUUUGUGUAUUUCAAGUAAUGUUCAUUGCAAAAGCUUAGUAUUUUAUCACAUAAAGGUUGGAGACUAUCAUUAAGCUUGGAGACUGUAUAGCAUUAACAAUUGGAAGUUCCCAGUGGUGUAAGAAACUGUACAGAACUUGUACUGAAUAAUACGUUACUACCCAAUUCCAGAGGUGGGACCUGUGGGCACAAAUGGAUGAAACUGACUCUCUGUAUCAACAAGAACUGGGUUGGUGGUUGAUGUCCUGGCUUCCCUGUUCUAUUGGCUUGUAAUUUUCUCAUUGCCAGUAGAGUUGUCAUAACUUAAUUUGUAAAUUUUAUGAGUCUUAUACUCUAAAGAGAUUUCACGUGACAAAAAUACAUAUACACACUCAGGCACCUUGGUUUGGGUCCCAUCAAGAAUCAUCUUUAGAACUUGAACAGUGGCAACUUAGUGCAGCUUAGUGAAGACCCUGAAUUUGCCUUCCAUGCCCACCCAGCUCUUAUUCAAGUCAGCAGGAAUUUUGAGUGCACAAGGAAUGGCAGACAAGGUUUAGUGUAUGCCACUUUGCAAAAAAAUGUUUAAGUACAUUUGGAUCUGUAGCACUGUAAGCAUUCUUUUGCUAGUGUAUACCAACGCCUUCCUGAAAAAGUAGUCAGAACUAUGUAUAGGUAUCAGGAAUGUACCCUUAAUUUUAGAAGAAAUAUUACACUUGUAAAAUAUUACAAUGCUGGUUUACUGACUACACUACGUGGUUAAUUUAGCAGCCUAAAACAGGAAACAGUUAUUUGAAAGUAUCACAUUAUUUUAACAGCUCAUGCUGCAAGUUAAAAUUUAAAAAGCCCCUAUUUAUUCUGCCUUAAAACAAUGAUAAACUAAAUUAAUAGAGCGUCCUUAUUGUUUGUGAUAGAAUAUAUACACAUCCUUUGUCUUUGGUGUGUUAGUAAAAGGAAGUAAAAUGGAUAUUAGAUGAGCAAUAAUUUUCUUUUGUUAUAUAGCUAGCAAAUAUUUAUUUAAAUGCUAGGCAGUUCCUUGCAUGCAAGUUGCGUGCUUGUGCAAAAAUGCUUUGUCAUUGAAAAUCUUUAUAUAAUGUUGUCAUUUUAAGACAUUGUGGCUGUCUAGUAGAAAGUUACACAUGGUUUCAUUAAAAUUGUGCCUUAGAAAAUGCAAAGCUGUUGCACAGUCAAUGGUGACUUAUGGAUGCAAUAAAUCCAAAAAGAUGAAGUCGUUCCCAAGCCCAAAGCUCACAUGACUUCACAUUAGGGUUAUUUUUAAAAAAAAAAAUCAAAAAUAAAAAAAUUUUGGAAAUACACAAUUAAGUCCAGCAUUUUGAUUAUCCAUUUGCAUGAUUUACUGUCAAAUGUUUUGAUAACCUGUAUGUUUACACUUGGCAUGUCAUAAUAUUUUACUGCAAAUAAUUCAAACUAGGAGUAUUCAUCUGACAGGUUUUUAUAAAGUACUUUGUACAUUUAUUUGACUCUAUCUAUCACAUUAAGGAUAUAUGAAUAUAUACUAUCUUCUGGGUUUAAUUGUUAAAAUGUGACCUGCAUUUCUGCAUGCUUGUGUGCAUGUAUAUUUGAUAUCAGUCAUUUACACUUCACACUUGUGAUUUAAAUGUAGAUACGUAAAGCAAUCACAAGAGUGCAAAAGUUUUGGUUGUCAUAGAGAUCUCAUCUGCUUCUGAUGAAGUCAGUGGUUUAAACUCUCAGUGAUAUUAGCAGGAGCAUGACUAGAGCCAAAAAAAGCAUGUGCAAGUGGAAUUUUUAUGUGCCGUUUCAGAUGCGCAAGUGGAUCUCUGAGGCCCAUUGAAAGUUUGGCCCAGUCUGUCUUUCAGUAGUUUCAUAUAUGCAUAUUUUAGUGAACCUAAUUGUAGGUGCAGCAAAUCAAAUCAGCAUUUUCAGACUACAACACAUUUUUCCAUGCUAAACAACUAGUCACCAGCGCAGAUUGAUCCUCAGCAUUUUCUAAAUUCUAAUUGCCAAUUGUUUAUUUCUAUUUCAUCUGGAGUCUAUUAUGUGACAGGUUCAGUCAGGCUAAAGCUUAGCUUUUUUCCAGUUCAAACAUAAUAAGUAUAUUAUAUUUCUUGUCAUUAUCUUUGCAGUUGCAGGAAAAAAUGCUUUAUUCCAUUGAGCUAUAAUGUGAAUGUGUUUGUUUAAAAAAAGUGAUUUAUUGUUGCUAAGCAAGUACAAUGUAUGUAAUGUUUUAGAUGUUCCAAAAGCAUAUUUACUUUCUUGUUGCUUCAGAGAACAUGGCUAACUGAUGUAACCAUUUUGUAUCUUUCGCUACCAAACUUUCUGAUGUUUUUCUUUACUCUUGCUAGGUAGUGUUGUAAUGCAGAACAUACCAUAGUAAUGAUAAAUGACAUAAAGGUUGGUAAUCCAAAAAGGGGUCCAUCUUCUAUCCGAGUCCAUUCAAGGGCAAGAAUUACUGUUCUGCUUGGGCUAAUGUUGAAUACCAAUUACACUAAUCUUCAGUUACAAUAUUUAUUCUAAAAUGCCUCUGGAAAUUAGGAAAACUUGUCUAAAAUGCAACAGCUUUUAUAGUAAAUGUAUGUUUAUAAAUAAAACCUUGAAUAAAUUUG